AUUCAUUUAAAUGUUAUACAAAUGUUAAAAGCAGUUUGAAUAUGUGUUAUAUGUAUAUUGUUUUAUUUGAAAUAUAAUGUGUCUGUGAAAACAGUAAGUACCAGCAUUUAUGGGGUUAAUACAGAUGGGUCGGAAUGUCACAUCGGACGUGUUUUGGGGAGAGAGAGAGAGAGAGGAGAGAGAGGAGAGAGAGAGAGAGCAGCGGUGAGCGAAGACACGUGAAGCGUGUUGGUAAACCGUAGCGAAAAAAGAGAUUGUUAAGUAAAUGUUUGUUACAAAGUUCGAGGAGGUGUUCAACCCGGACUCUCCAGCGGACCAAGUAGUGACUUUGCUGUGCGUGUGAGUGAACUACUCAUCCCGUGAGGACGACGGGGAGCUAGCAGCUAACGCAGCAGCUAGUAGCUCGCAGUGACUGUGCCAAGUUAGCAGCAAGCUACCUGUGCGGCAGAGGCUGCGGGAGAGGAACGUGGAGCUGCAGACGACGCGCGAGCACCGCGACAUCGGGAGUGGCUGGACUACGUUUCCUUCAGAUGGCUUUUCUCCUCAACUCAUCUCUUCUCCGGUCAUCAGCCCAUUUGUGUGUGUACAACAUUGAUCAGUAAGGUACCUUUUUUUCUUUUCUGUGGCCCGGAAAGGAUGAAGCAGCCAUUUCGUUUGAGGCUUCAACGAACCCAAGCUUCACCCAGGCCUGCACCGAUUCUCUAAAGGGGUACCCCAUUAUAUUUGAGUGCCGGUUUUAGUCAAAAGGUGUGUGGGCCCACAAAUUGUGUUUUUGAUAUUUGCUCUUACUUGUGGUACAGUGUUUGUUACUGUGUUUACCUGGAAAAGGGUGUUUUCAGUUACGUUAUUAUUCUCCUUCAAAUAAGAGGGGUAUUUCAGUUAUUGUGUUUCCUGUAAGAAAGGGACUAUUUAUUUACAGUGUUGACCUUGAAAAAGAGGGAUUUUAUUUUGAUGGUUUGAGAAAAGAAAAGAACAUUCAUAUAUAUUUUAUUUUCAUAUUGCAUUAAUCAUUUCAUUGUUAAGUAAAUAAUUGAGAAGUUAUUUUUCUAAAAUCUUGUGUUGUGCAUUCUGUUGCUUACCUUUUAAGUGGGAUUCAUCUGUGGUAUUUAAAAUCUUUAUUAAAGGUAUAAGUUAAAGGUGGUUAGUUAGAAGUAGUUAAUGUGUGUAAUUCAAAAAGAGAUCCAAACCAAAUAUUAACACUGAGUUAAUCAGGGUUAAGAAUUGUAACAAAUAUAUUAGAAGAGCCCAAAAGCCCUGUCCUCAUCUCUAAGAUUACCGAGGGGAGCGCUACAUAAAAUGGAGGCACCGCUGGGAUAGUUUGGAUUUCUCAGUUUAAGGAAAAAUUAAAGCCUAAAGAGUUAAAGCAACUAACUAAAGUGCUAACCUAAUUUAUAAACAGCAUUAACAUGGACAAAACAGAACUAGUGUCAGAGUUAAAACGCUGGUGCCGUGGUGAGGGUUUGGAUGAGACUCAUGCCCUUAUGACCAUCGUCCCAGAAGAUGUAGAGAUCAGUGACGUGGAAGAAACACUGGAAACUAUCAAGUCUUUGGGACGGGUGCGUGUCCGUGGGAGAAACUUCAGUGCAAGUCUAAACCGACGGAUGGUUUUGUGUGAGUGCAAAGAGACUGUGAAUGAGGAGAGUGUUCCUCCUGAAAUUGUGGCAAUUGAUGGUGGAGAGGCAUGGUCUAUUAUCAUCAUUGGAAAGGCACAGGCAGCUGCUGAAGAGUUUAAUAGUAAACUGAAAGGGUUGCUGCAGGCUGAAGGGAAAACAAUGGAGGACCUCAAAUCAUUAUUCCCCAGUACACCCCUGCCCUCUAGUUCCACUGAAUCCAUCCUGGCUGCUGUUGGAGAUCUGUUGGACAAGACGACAAAACCAGCUGAUGGUGGAAGUUAUGGUCGACUACGCAUGUUCUCAGGAGCCCUACCAACGCUGCCAGGUGAGGAACCAUUUGACCAUUGGCUAGAGCAGGCAUGGCUUAUGGUGGAAGAGACUGAAUGCUCUGACAGAGAAAAAAGACGCAGACUUAUUGGAAGUUUAAAGGGGCCCGCACUAGAAAUUGUGAAAGCAGUGCGGCACACCAAUCCUGACGCCAGCCCAAAAGAGUGCUUGGAAGCCCUUGAAAGUGCUUUUGGAAGCGCUGAGUCUGGUGAUGAUCUCUACUUUGCUUUUCGGUUGAUGCAACAGCAAAAAGGAGAGAAACUAUCAGAUUUCCUUCGACGUCUAGAGAGGUCUUUAGCUAAGGUGAUUCAACGAGGUGGUCUUCCGGCUAGCUGCAUGAAUCGAGCCCGACUGGAGCAACUGCUAAGGGGUGCUAUUGCUUCCGACCUGAUGUUAAUCCAGCUACGCUUGAGAGAAAGGAAGGCUUCACCUCCAAACUUUCUACAACUUUUGACUGAGAUUCGUGCUGAGGAAGAGUAUGAAACUUCUAGGAAGAAGCUUAGCGCCUCAGUACACCAAGUGCAUGCUAAUCAAGAAGUGGAUAUAAGGCAAGCUGAGCUGCAGAGUUUAAAGGCGGAAAUUAAGGAACUGAAGUCAUUAGUGGCAUCAGUUGUGACUCAAUCCACUCCAGUCAAGGAAGAUAACAGGGAGGCUACAUGCAUAAGUGCACUGCCUGGCCCAGAGAACCGGCAAGACGCCGAGCUGGCUGCCUUGAAAAAACAAUUGAAACGACUAAAGCAGAAAACUAGUAACAAGAUGACUGAGCAAGACGCUGCAGUUUCAACCAUGGAGGCUUCAAAACAGGUCUCCAACUCUUCCAAAGGAGCACCAAAAAAGUCAGAGGAGAAUUUCUGCUAUAGGUGUGGUGAGAGUGGACAUUUUGCUACUAAAUGCCACAACCCUGAAAAUCAAGCCAAGGUCAUCAGAAAGCUAAUUCAUGCUCUAAAGAUGACAAAAGACAAACAGCAGUCUGAUGGUUCCACUGCUAGUAAAGUAAACUGUGGGGUCAGGAAAAGUGCUGUUACCUCAACGGAGCCGGCUGGCAUACCUGAAGGCUUGAUUGGUCCACCCAGCAUAGUACCUGUGAAAGUAAAUGGACAUUGCUGUGAUGCCUUGUUUGAUAGUGGCUCGCAAGUCACCAUUAUCUUUGAGUCUUGGUAUGAAACUUACCUGUCUGAUGUUCCCAUACGCGCCGUGUCUGGUUUAGCCCUGUGGGGACUAAGUGAAUCCAAGGGCAGUUAUCCCUACCGUGGGUACAUAGUUGUCGACAUUGAAUAUCCAGCAAAGGUUGCGGGUGCCGACCAGACUGUCUGCCCCCAGCCCCAAACUGCAGACCAGACUCCUGUCAUUGUAGGGACUAAUGCCAGCCACAUCCAACGUCUUGUGCAGCAAUGUAAGGACAACGGCAUUGACGUCACACAGACACUGGGAAUGCAGUGUUUCAGAGAUACCAAUCUAACAUCGACUAACACAGCCACAGCCCUGGAAGAGAAAGAUGAGAUUGGUGUGUCAUGGCAAGGCCCUGGCCCACUGACUCUGCCCCCUGGUGGUGACUGUAGUGCAGUCUGUAAAGUAAGGUACAAGCACCCUGUCGACAAAGAAAUCCUGAUGGUUGACUCGUCUCCUCUAACUCCACUUCCAGCUGGUGUGCUACUUCAGCCAAUGGUGGUGCUCAGUGAAGAAGUGAAUGUCAGCCAUUUCAGAAUCUUGGUCCAAAAUGAGUCCUUGACAGAGACUGUCAUACCCGUGGGAACAGUUAUCGGGCAUAUGUAUCUGACAGAUGCAGUUACUCACCUAUCUCCGUCCAAGACAGCUGACACAAAGUUCGAUCCGAGCCUGAUCAACUUUGGGGACUCACCUGUCUCAGAGGAGUGGAAACAGAGACUCCGUCAGAAGCUAUCCGCAAGGUCCCAGGUUUUCUCGCUUCACGAAUGGGAUGUCGGAUUAGCAAAGAGUGUAGAGCACACAAUCCGGAUGUCGGAUGCACGGCCGUUCAGGGAGCGCUCUCGUCGCCUUGCUCCAGCUGACCUGGAGGACGUGAGAAAACAUCUCCAAGAACUACUGCGUGCGGGGAUCAUUAAAGAGUCUCGUAGUCCGUAUGCAUCCCCAAUUGUGAUUGUUCGCAAAAAGAGUGGAGCCGUGAGAAUGUGUAUUGACUACCGAUUGUUAAACAGCCGAACAAUUCCUGAUCAGUAUACCACACCGUGUAUUGAUGAUGUGUUGGAUUCGAUGACCGGAAGCAAGUGGUUCUCUGUUCUUGAUCUGCGGAGCGGUUAUUAUCAAAUCGCUAUGGCUGAGGAAGAUAAGGAAAAGACAGCCUUCAUCUGCCCACUUGGGUUUUUCCAAUUUGAGAGGAUGCCACAGGGAAUAACUGGAGCCCCAGCCACCUUCCAGAGAUUAAUGGAGAAGGCUGUGGGUGACAUGAACCUCCUCGAAGUCCUUGUCUACCUCGAUGACCUGAUCGUAUUUGGCCGAACUUUAGAAGAGCAUGAAGUGAGACUUCUUAAAGUUCUUGAUCGUCUGGCAGAGGUUGGGUUAAAAAUUUCUUUCGACAAAUGUCAGUUCUGCCUCCCGAAGGUAAAGUACCUUGGACAUAUUGUGUCGGCCAAUGGAGUAUCACCAGACCCCUCCAAGAUAGAGGCAGUUACCACUUGGCCACAGCCUAUAAACCUGAAGGCUCUUCAAUCCUUUUUGGGAUUUUGUGGAUAUUACCGCCGUUUCAUCGCCAAUUAUGCAGCCAUUGUCAGGCCAUUGUCUGAGCUCACUAAAGGCUACGCUCCAACCCAGAGGGGCAAGAAGACUGAGAAAGACAACACGAAGUCUUACCUCAAAGAGUCCGAACCUUUUGGUGAGCGAUGGGACCAGUCCUGCACUGAGGCUUUCCAUGAGAUUAUCUUCUGCCUUACCCAUGCACCUGUGUUGGCCUGUGCAGAUCCCAACAAGCCAUACAUCCUGCAUGUAGAUGCCAGCCUGAAAGGGCUUGGUGCUGUCCUAUAUCAGGAACACAGUGAGGGUCUGAGACCAGUCGCCUUCGCCAGCAGGAAGCUAAAGGCAUCGGAGAGGAAUUAUCCCGUGCACCAGCUAGAGUUCCUUGCCCUUAAGUGGGCGGUUGUGGAUAAAUUCCAUGAUUAUUUGUAUGGGGUCAGAUUCACUGUACGUACGGACAACAAUCCGCUCACGUAUGUGCUGUCGACCGCCAAGCUCAGUGCUGUGGGGCACAGAUGGCUCUCUGCCUUAUCCACCUACAACUUUGAUGUCCAGUACCGACCAGGCAGACAUAACAUAGACGCAGACCUGCUCUCAAGGAUUAUGCCUGAUGAGAGUUCAGAGGAAUGGACAACCAUACCACAGUCUGGUGUGAGAUCCAUCUGCAAACGAAUCUGCAUUCCUGGUACGGCAGGCAGUCCACUGAGGUAUGUAGAUCAGUUGGGAGCUUCUCCUGAAUGUGUGCCCGAUGUUUUUGCCUUCCCGUCUCACCUGGAGCUGAAAUCAUUGGGACAGAUGUCCAAGCAGGAGCUGAUAGAUGCUCAGGAGAAUGAUGCAGCUAUCCGAACUGCUAUCCAAGGUGUUACACAUGGAAAAUGGUCAGAAGGAAAUGGAUCCAGCCCAGAGAGUUUUCGUUUUCAAAAAGAGAUGGGGAAGCUGAUGAUGAAGAAUGGGCUACUCCAUCGUUUAAGCAAGCGGUCCUCCGGAGAAGAACUGGCUCAACUUGUUUUGCCAAGCGGGUUCAAAGAACUGGUGUUGAAGGCCACGCACGAUGAUCUAGGACACCUUGGUAUUGAAAGAACUACGGACUUGUUGAGGAGCCGAUUCUUUUGGCCCAAGCUUGCAUGCGAUGUUGAGCAGUACAUAAAGAACUGUGGAGAGUGUAUCACUCGGAAGAUCCCUUGUCAUAGGGCAGCACCCCUACAUCAUAUUUCGAGCAGUGGACCAAUGGACCUUGUGUGCAUUGAUUUUCUUUCUUUGGAGCCAGAUUCUACAGGCAUUGGAAAUGUUUUGGUUGUCACGGAUCAUUUCACCCGAUACGCCCAGGCUUUUCCUUCCCGAAAUCAGAAGGCACAGUCAGUGGCAAAGAUCCUGGUGGACAAGUAUUUCCUGCAUUAUGGUCUGCCAGCAAGAAUCCAUUCAGACCAAGGGAGAGACUUUGAAAGCCAGUUAAUCAAAGAGCUUUUGAAGAUGAUGGGGAUCCGGAAAUCACGAACCACUCCUUACCACCCGCAAGGAGAUCCGCAGCCCGAGAGAUUUAACAGAACUCUUCUUUCCAUGCUUGGGACCCUGGGGUGUGAGAGGAAAAAGCAGUGGAGCAAACAUAUUGGCUACCUGGUUCACGCCUACAACAGUACCAAAUGUGACGCUACAGGGUACUCACCCUAUUUUUUGAUGUUUGGCCGAGAAGCAAGGCUUCCUAUAGACUUGUGCUUUGGGACCUCUCCUGAUGGCAAAGCUGAUGGUUGCCAUUCCCGCUAUGUAGCCAAGCUGAAAGACGACUUGCAGAGCGCCUACAAGCUCGCUUCCGACGAGGCCUACAAGACACAUCAGAGGAAUAAAAGAUCCUAUGACAAGAGAGUGGGAUUCCAAAACCUGGAUAUCGGUGACAGAGUGUUACUGAGCAAUCUAGGACUGAAAGGAAAACAUAAAUUGGAGAGUCGUUGGAGUCCUAUCCCUUACGUGGUUCUAGGAAAGAUGCCAAACCUUCCACUGUACAAAGUGAAACCAGAGAAUGGAAGAGGAGGAGUCAAAACUCUCCAUCGUGAUCAUCUCCUUCCAAUUGGACAGUUUGUAAGAAUGCCGACAACUGAGGUUGAGGACAAGUCACAGGUCAAAACAAGAGCAAAAACAAGAGCUGAGACACAAAAGAGAUCAAAGAAAGUCUUACCUGAAGUACAGGAAGUUCUUCAAGAGAUGCAAGAGUUCACAGAUUCCUCUUCGGAGGGGGAAUAUUAUGGACCUCAAAAACCCUACAGUACUUACCUGGAAGAAAUCCUGAAAAAGGAAAGAGGUAUUGCUGGGCAGUCAAAUCUCAUCCAAAAUGAUGGUGAUGUUUCUCAACAGUCAGAUGGAGAUCCUGCUGAGGACGACUUGUUGGAGGAAGAAAGUGAAGAGGGGGAACACAACAGUGUGGGAGAAGAGGAUGGAGAUGAAGGUUCAGUUCCUGAGGAAGAAAGUGAUCCAGAGUCUGAUAACCCUUGCCACGAUGAGUGUCCAGAGACAGUCACUAAAGCUAAAGUUAUUUGCAAACCGGAAAUCAGUCAAAAAAGAAUAGUGAAACCAGUCAUCAGGUUAACUUAUGAUGAACCUGGUAAGGCAAAAGAUCAGCCUCUCACUAUUGUACAUAGAGGAGUUGUCAUUCAGAUUGGCAAGAGUUAA